AUGAAGAAUAUUAAUAAGAAAAGAUACGCUACAUAGAUAUUCAGUAAGAGAAAAAGAGAGGCGGAAUGGCAACUAAGUAACCGUAUCAGUAUUACGCAAACUUCUCAAUUUUACUUGUUAUCAUGAGAGAUAUAAUUUUUUUUCAAGUGUUUUCUGUUUAGAUAUAAGAUAGUCUUUCUAGAUUAAAGUGAACGAAAUAAAGUGGACUCAAAAAAAAAAGGUUAUCAUUGUUUGUUAGGCUCGUGAGCUACGAAGAACUCUUAAAACGGAACAUUGAAGAAACUUGAAUUCAGUUGAAACAUUGUACACCGUAUCACCGUGAAUCAUGAUCAUAACGAUAUUGUUAUUGUUAAUUUUGUAUAUAAUAUUAUAUGAUUUUUAUGUGCAUCAUAACCGAAGUGGACGACUUCUCCGCUCUAUACCAGGUGCACCAAGUAUUCCGAUUUUGGGUUCGGCACUUUUAUUACAAUGUUCACAAGAAGAGUCGUGGCUAGUUUUACGUUAUUUCGCCGACAAAAUAUAUCCCGUUACAAAAUUCUGGGUUGGUCCUGUAUGUAUUAUAUUCCUUCGUCAUCCAGAUGAUUUGAAGACAAUUUUAAGCAGCACGAAACACAUCGAGAAAAGUAGAUUAUAUGACACAUUACGUCCAUGGCUUAACGACGGUCUUCUCACCAGCAAAGGGAGCAAAUGGCAUACUCGCCGUAAACUACUAACGCCUACAUUCCAUUUUCAUAUAUUACGACAAUUUGUAGAAGUUUUGAUCGAAGAGGGCAACCAUAUGACAAACUCUCUGAAACAAAGUGAAGGAACAGUUGUAAAAGAUUUAAUCCCAUUUGUUAGCGAAUACACACUAAAUGCAAUAUGCGAAACCGCCAUGGGUAUUUCUUUGCGCAAUUGUGACAUGUUUCCGGAACGGUAUCGGAAAUCAGUAUAUAAUAUGGGUAACUUUAUUAUACACAGAAUGUCGAAUCCCUGGUUGCACUCUGAUUGGAUGUUCGCAUUAUCGCCAACAGGUAGAAAACAAGCUGAGAUGUUAAAGAUAUUACAUGGUUUUACUGAAAAAGUCAUUAAAGAAAGAAAACUUUAUCACGAACACACAGAGGAUCGAUAUUUAAAAACCAUUGAAAGUGAUACAUCGACAGAUAAUGUAGAAGUGAUCGGAACUCGUAAAAAGCGACUCGCUAUGUUGGAUCUUCUAAUAGCGGCAUCUCGUGAACAUCAUAUAACCGAUUUGGAUAUCAGAGAGGAAGUCGACACCUUCAUGUUCGAGGGUCACGAUACUACGGCAAUGGGUGUGUGUUUUGCUUUGCUGUUAUUAGCUGAGCACAAGGAUAUUCAGGAUCGUGUCAGGAUUGAAGUUGAUGAUGUGAUAAAAGACAAUGAAGGAAAAUUAACUAUGGCGUCCUUACAAAAGCUAUCUUAUUUAGAGAGAUGCUUGAAGGAAUCUCUGAGAUUGUAUCCUAGUGUGCCUUGGAUAUCGCGCAAGCUUGCAGAAGAUAUAAAAUGUCAGUCGUAUAUAGUGCCGUCUAAUACACACGUGAUACUUGAUAUCUACGCCGUUCAGAGAGAUCCUCACUAUUGGCCGAAUCCGGACGUUUUCGAUCCGGAUCGAUUUUUGCCCGACCGAAUGCAAAAUCGUCAUCCUUUUUGCUACGUACCGUUCAGCGCCGGACCACGGAAUUGCAUAGGUCAACGAUUCGGUAUGUACGAAAUGAAGGCUAUGAUCGCACCUCUGGUGCAUCAUUUUUACCUGGAGCCUGUUGAUUCAUUGAAGAAUCUUAAGAUUAAGUCGGAUGUGAUACUUCGUCCUGCUCAUCCAGUUCGUGUAAAAUUCGUGCCGAUUAAAUAAUUAUUAAGGAAAUUACAGAAAGAAUAGGGGGAAACAGCGAGAAGUUAUGAAAAACGCUUGUAUUUUGCGAAAUAAUAUCUUAACAAAGUAUAUUAAUGUAGUUGCAAAAAUUAAUAUUAUGUUUUACAGAUCUCUCUUGGCGAAAAAAGUUCUGCAUAUACAGACAAUUUUGAUAUGUAUUUACAUAUACUAACGAUACUUAAUAUAUAAUCUCAUAUAUAAUUAUAUCGAUUGCGUAAUUGCGUAUAAGUAUGCAUAAUCAGAUAAAAAAGUCGUCUACAGAUAAAAUGCUUUUUUUCUACUAUUUUCUACUUUUUCUACUGUUUUGUAGACAGCGAUAUCAAAGAACAAAGCCACAUGUACCGUGUGCAAAAGAGCAUUUAUAUUUUAUGAAUUGUGGUUUAAAACUUAAAAAAUGAUUUAUAUGAAGCGUAUUUGUUUAAAAAUAAUUAAAAUACAAUUAUUAAUAU